AUGGGAAAUUACAAGUCCAGACCAACCCAGACUUGCACUGAUGAAUGGAAGAAAAAAGUGAGUGAAUCCUAUGCUAUCAUCAUAGAGCGGUUAGAGGAUGACCUGCAAAUCAAAGAGAAGGAGCUGGCAGAACUGAAGCACGUUUUUAGCUCUGAUGAAGCCUUCUGCAAAGUCAAUCUGAAUUACCGCACAGAAAAUGGGCUCUCUCUUCUCCAUUUAUGCUGCAUAUGUGGGGGUAACAAGUCCCACAUCAGAACUCUCAUGCUGAAAGGACUGCGCCCAUCCAGAUUAACCAGAAAUGGGUUUACAGCUCUGCACUUGGCAGCUUAUAAGGACAGCGCGGAGCUGCUGACGGCGCUGCUGCACGGCGGGGCUGACAUCCAGCAGGUCGGGUACGGAGCGCUGACGGCCCUGCACAUCGCCACCAUCGCCGGCCACCACAAGGCCGUUGAUAUUCUUCUGCAGCAUGGAGCUUACGUGAACGUCCAGGAUGCAGUUUUUUUCACCCCACUGCAUAUUGCUGCAUAUUAUGGCCAUGAACAGGUAACCCACCUCUUACUGAAAUUCGGAGCUGAUGUGAACGCGAGCGGGGAAGUUGGAGACAGACCUCUCCAUCUGGCUUCUGCCAAAGGCUUUCUCAACAUUACAAAGCUCCUGAUGGAAGAGGGGAGCAAAGCUGACGUGAAUGCUCAGGACAACGAAGACCACGUCCCUCUGCACUUCUGCUGUCGAUUUGGACACCAUGAAAUCGUGAAGUUCUUACUGCAGAGCAGCUUUGAAGUUCAGCCCCAUGUGGUGAAUAUCUAUGGAGACACCCCUUUACACCUUGCCUGCUACAACGGGAAGUUCGAGGUUGUGAAGGAAAUGAUUCAGCUCUCAGGAACUGAAAGUCUCACUAAAGAAAACAUAUUCAGUGAAACGGCUUUCCACAGUGCUUGCACCUAUGGGAAGAACAUAGAACUUGUAAAAUUUCUUCUGGACCAGAACGCUGUAAGCAUCAACCACCAGGGAAGAGAUGGGCACACAGGACUGCACUGUGCUUGCUACCAUGGCCAUAUUCGACUUGUACAGUUUUUACUGGAUAAUGGAGCUGAUAUGAACCUGGUAGCUUGUGAUCCCAGCAGGUCCAGUGGAGAAAAGGAUGAGCAGACCUGUUUAAUGUGGGCCUAUGAGAAAGGUCACGAUGCCAUUGUGACCCUUCUGAAGCAUUAUAAGAGACCUCAAGAUGAAUCCCCCUGCAAUGAAUACUCGCAACCUGGAGGAGAUGGUUCCUAUGUGUCAGUUCCAUCCCCUCUAGGGAAGAUUAAAAGCAUGACGAAAGAGAAGGCAGAUGUCCUCCUCCUCCGUGCUGGUUUGCCAUCACACUUCCAUCUGCAGCUCUCAGAGCUGGAGUUCCAUGAGAUCAUCGGCUCAGGGUCUUUUGGAAAAGUGUAUAAAGGACGAUGCAGAAAUAAAAUCGUGGCAAUCAAACGCUACCGAGCCAACACGUACUGCUCCAAAUCCGACGUGGACAUGUUCUGCCGCGAAGUUUCCAUCCUGUGCCGCCUGAACCACCCAUGUGUGAUCCAGUUUGUGGGAGCCUGCCUGGACGACCCCAGCCAGUUCGCUAUUGUCACUCAGUACAUCUCGGGGGGGUCGCUCUUCUCCCUGCUCCAUGAACAGAAGAGAACUCUGGAUCUGCAGUCUAAGUUAAUCAUUGCUGUAGAUGUUGCCAAAGGCAUGGAGUACCUCCACAACCUCACCCAGCCCAUCAUACAUCGCGAUUUGAACAGGUAAGCCUCU